AUGCUCUCUAUGCUCAACACCUUCAAACGAUUCGGCAACCUCUCUAUAUGUCUGCAGUCCGCCGCUCUCGCUCCACAUGCUCGACCCCCCACCCCCUGGACAGAAGCGAAGCAGCAGACCACGAGCUUGACUUGGAGUAAUGGUGCUGACGGUGCAGAAUCCCAGAGGGAAGCAUCGGCUCUACUCCGGUUUCUCAAUUUACCUGGAAAUACAGAAUAUGAGAUCAUAUCUCCGUACGAGGUCAGCCACCGAGGUGUUUACAUCUCCCACGAAGUUGCCCAUCACCAGCGCAGAAGGCGACGCAGAUCCCUGACCCCAGAUGUGGCCUCGUCAAACUCCGGCGGCGGCAAUGAAACGGUCCACUUCCGGCUGAGCGGCUUGGGGCAGGACUUCCACAUGGAGCUGAGGGAGGCCUCUGAGAGCCUGAUUGCACCUGGGUUCACCAUCCAGGUCCUGGGAAAGAACGGCACCAAGAGCCUGAGGGCCCACCACCGGGAUGACCUCUGCUUUUACCAGGGGUUGCUGAGGUCGAGGGUCAACUCCUCUGUGGCACUGUCCACAUGCAUGGGGAUGUCAGGUUUGAUCAGAACGCAGGAUGCGGACUACUUCCUGAGACCCGUAUCCCUCAGCCUCGCCCAGAGAGAGAACUUCACAGCACCCUCCAGUCACCAGCCGCACAUCCUCUACAGGAGCCAGAGGGACCUCCAGGCAGAGCGGAGAGGUCACCCGCAGAGGGCCGUGAUGAGGCAGUCCACAGAUCCGACCCCUCUCAUGUCGCACAGACACUUUGUCACAGAGAAAUCCAUUAGAGACGCCACCUACAACACGGUUGAUGGAGAGCACCAGCAGCAGAGGCACAGCCACCAUUACCACCAUGGCAACAGCACCAGCACCAGCAGUAGUGAUGGCGACCAGGCAGAGCACCGUGGCAGUGACCUUCCCCGCGGCAGCCAUCGCCAUGACAGCGACUACAGACACGGGGAUAAGCAGAAGCAGCACUUCUGCGGGAGACGGAAGAAAUACAUGCCCAAACCUCCAGAAGAGGACGUGUUUAUCCUCCCAGACGAGUACAAGUUUAUCCCCAGGAACAAAAGGGCGGUGCUGAUGAAGAACGAAGCCAAUCAGAAGCUCAACGUGGAGACGCUGGUGGUGGUGGACAGGAAGAUGAUGGAUAACCACGGCCAUGAGAACAUAACUACAUAUGUUCUUACUGUGCUUAAUAUGGUCUCCAGUCUCUUCAAAGACGGGACAAUAGGAGGGAACAUCAACAUAGUGAUCGUGGGUCUCGUGCUUCUGGAUGAAGAGCAGGACGGCUUGGUGAUCAACCACCAUGCAGACCACACACUGAACAGCUUCUGCCACUGGCAGUCCACUCUGGGAGGCAGAGAGGGACGCCACCACGACCACGCCAUCCUCCUGACGGGACUUGACAUCUGCUCGUGGAAGAAUGAACCCUGUGACACUCUCGGUUUUGCUCCGAUUAGUGGGAUGUGCAGCAGGUACCGGAGUUGCACCAUUAAUGAAGACACAGGCCUGGGUCUGGCAUUCACCAUCGCCCAUGAAUCUGGACACAAUUUUGGAAUGGUCCACGAUGGUGAGGGUAACGUUUGUAAGAAGUCGGAGGGCAACAUCAUGUCGCCCACGUUAGCCGGCCACAACGGCAUCUUCUCCUGGUCCGCCUGCAGCCGCCAGUACCUCAGCCGCUUUCUCAAUUCUGCACAGGCCCUCUGCCUAUCAGAUGAGCCCAGAGCAGUCAAGGAGUAUCCGUACCCCGAGAAGCUGCCUGGCGAGCUGUACGACGCCGACACGCAGUGUAAAUGGCAGUUUGGGGAGAAGGCCAAACUCUGCACCCUUGAUUUUAAGAAGGAUAUCUGCAAGGCUCUGUGGUGUCACCGUGUCGGGAGGAAGUGUGAGACCAAGUUCAUGCCAGCUGCCGAAGGUUCUGCCUGCGGCCCCGAUAUGUGGUGUCGCAGGGGCCAGUGUGUCAAACAGGGUGACGAGGGCCCGAGGCCUCAGCAUGGACAGUGGUCGGAGUGGUCUUCCUGGUCGGCCUGCUCGCGAAGCUGCGAGAGCGGAGUCACCUAUCGAGAGAGGCAGUGCAAUAACCCACGGCCUGCGUAUGGAGGAAAGUUCUGUGAGGGCUCAUCCAGGUCGUACAAACUGUGUAACACUGAGGACUGCCCCCCCAACGCCAUUGCCUAUAGAGCGCAACAGUGUGCCGAGCACAACAGCAAACAGUUCCGAGGAUGGUACUACACAUGGAGACCAUACACCAGAGUGGACGAUCAAGAUGUGUGCAAGCUCUACUGCUUCGCUGAAGGUUAUGAUUUCUUCUUUGCCUUGGCCAGCAAAGUUAAGGAUGGGACCCUCUGCUCACAGGACAGCACAAACGUCUGUAUUGAUGGACUGUGUGAGAGGGUUGGCUGUGACCGUGUGUUGGGCUCCACAGCUGUGCCUGAUGCUUGUGGGGUCUGUAAAGGAGACAACUCCACCUGUAAGAUCUAUAAAGGACAGUACACCAAGCAGCACUACACAAACCAGUACUAUGGGGUGGUAACCAUCCCAGCAGGGGCUCGGAGCAUCCGUGUGGUGGAGCUGAAUACGUCCAGCUCAUACCUGGCUGUCAGGGACACCCAGAGACGCUACUUCCUGAACGGACACUGGACGGUGGACUGGCCGGGCCGACAUCCCAUUGCUGGAGCUAUUUUUGAAUACAAGAGACCCUAUAACAGACCUGAGAGCCUCUUUUCAACUGGACCCACCAAUGAAACACUGAUCAUAGAGGUAUUGUUGCAGGGCUGGAACCCAGGUGUGCGCUGGGAAUACACUCUGAAGAAAGCUGAUGAGAAAAAGAAUCACAUCAAACACAAUUACACAUGGGCCAUCAUACGCUCCCAGUGCUCAGCAACUUGUGCUGGAGGCCAGAUGAACACCAGGUCAGCGUGUUACAGAGACCUGAGAGUGCAGGUGAACACAUCCCACUGCAAUCCCAGAUCAAGACCAGCUACUGGAUUGAUGCCCUGCAACACCCAACCAUGUCCUGCCAGCUGGUCUGUAGGAGACUGGGGGGUGUGCAGCCGGAGCUGCGGCGGAGGAGAGCAGAUUCGGCAGGUCCAGUGCAUCCAGCGGACCAACCAGGCCGAAGCAGCCGUCCUGUCUGACUCUCAGUGCGCCCAGCCCGCCCUCGCUAGGAGGCAAGCCUGCAACGCACACAGCUGUCCGCCGGUCUGGACCACGGGGCCAUGGUCGCAGUGUUCUCGGAAGUGUGGCAAUGGCCUGAGGAAGAGGACAGUGCUGUGCACGAGCACCAACCCAGGAGUCCAGACACACACGCUGCCAGACAGUGUGUGCGCAGGCCUGCCAAAACCUGCCGGUCAAGAAUCCUGCUUCAUUAAACGCUGCCAGAAACAACGAAAGGUCCAGUGGUUUGUCUCCACAUGGCAAGAGUGUUCAGCAACAUGUGGUCGUGGCUAUCAGACUCGCUUCAUCAAAUGUGCAGAGAAGGACACUGCAGGAAAAUACAGAGAGCUCGCUGCCAAGAAGUGUCACCACGUCCCCAAGCCAACAGUAGAGCUCCAGAAGGCCUGCAUCCUGUCUGACUGCCCCGUCCGCACCACACCUCCAGUCCACAGGUGGAACACGCAUCAUCGCACCCAUCCACCUCAACCUCCGCCGCGGCCAGACUGGCACUUAUCUCCUUGGACACAGUGCACAGUGACGUGUGGAGGGGGGGUGCAGGCCCGGACAGUCCAGUGUCUGGCUCAGGGGAAGCCCUCUUCUGGCUGUGCACUCCACCUCAAACCCUCCAUGUCUCAGGCCUGCAACACCAACUUCUGCCCUCAACCUGAGAAGAAAGACCUUGCGUGCAGGGAUUACUUCAGCUGGUGUUACCUGGUGCCCCAGCAUGGAGUCUGCAACCACAAGUUCUAUGGCAAGCAGUGCUGCCAGUCCUGUUCAAAUUCAAACCUAUAAUCACAUGAACUGAGUCUGUCUGGGUCCCCCACAGAUAGGUAGUUAGACAAAAGACUAUAUUUGACGUCCAUGCUUGAAAAGACAGUUUUUUAGUUUUUUCUUUUGCUUAAAGCGUGUGGCGAGCACUGAAAAACAAAAUGACAUUUCAAUGGAAGUGCAAGAGAGUUGCAGUGCCCUCUCCUCUCCCUGCGAUGCCGGCCAUCUGGAUAGUAGAACUUGAUGCUGACAGCACUACACAGGAAUGUGAUCAGGACAGUACAAAUAAAGGAGCGAAUUAUGAGGAGGAACUCGCAAAAUGGGAAUCUUGAUUAAAGUGAAUAGGACUGACAUGUCCAAAAGAAACUGAAAACCUGACAAAUCCCAGCUUUGUUUAUAUACUGUAUGUAAUAGAACAGAUCUGUACCCAGGACACCCAACAUCUCCCAGGCAACCGAGGUCCACUGAUGGCAGACCAACAGAGAAAAGGGGUGGACGGUGUUUUAAGCCCUGCCACGUGACAACACGUGAUACGCCCUGGAGCGCACUGCGAUUCUUGACAAUUUGGAAAUCUGGGAUCUGAUUAUGAAAAGGGAUGUUUCAAAGAAACAAGUAAGAAAACAUAGUUUUACUGUGAAGCUUGAUAAAAAACAGGCUGGGAACAGUCAGAGGGGGCUUCCUUAAUAACUGGACAAUAGCAGGAUGCUCUUCGUAGUAUUCUGCGAUGGGUCUUGGUUGUGUGACCUGCCUUUUGUACUCAGUGGUGCUACAACGUUGUCUUUAGUCACCAAAUCAAUGUGAAAUCCUCAAGAAGAACAACUGAGCUGUGUGACCCAUGUACAGUGUUGUUUGUUUUAUUUAUUGGCUUUACGAUACAGCGUUGCUGGAAGACUGUAUUAAUAAGCAGUAAAUACGUCCUUUUAUUACUCUACCCUAUUACCCUUAUAUUUUGUAUUAUGUUUCAUAGAAUUUCAUGCUGAAAAACUGCACCUUUUUUUUUUUUACACAAAACAUUUAUUUUAUUUUUUGAAGAAAAACAUCUGUGAUGUCACAAUCUCAAUCAUCAACGUCACCAUUAUUAUGAUCACUAACAAUAGCUGGUUAUUGGAAAUCUUUAUCAAUUACAAAAAGUAGCUAUUUAAAAAAGGCAAGGCUCCAUUUGUUUUUACAUUACACUGUUCAACAUUAUUACUCGAAGCAGUGGUGUGUUACAUGCAUUGACAUGGCACAAAAUGAAUGCAUUACAGAUUGAUUAUGGACAAAGGCACUGACAGAUAAUGGCUAGUACUUUUUCAAUGUGAGUUUUUACAAUGUAAAUGGGACAAUAAAGAAAUGUGUGUCAUGUCAGCAUCUCAGCUGUAGCAUGCAGUCGCCAGUCUGGUUAAAUUUCUAUUUUUCUGUUCUUUUCUUUUCAAAUAAAGAUGAAAAUACAAACAAA